CGGCGCAUGCGCGCUGCAUUGUUUUGACUGAAAAUGCCGUCGGUUUCGAAAGCGGCGGCGGCGGCGUUGAGCGGGUCCCCCCCGCAGACCGAGAAGCCGACCCACUACAGGUAUCUAAAGGAGUUUAGGACAGAGCAGUGCUCCCUGUUUGUGCAGCACAAGUGCACCCAGCACAGGCCAUUUACCUGUUUCCAUUGGCAUUUCCUAAAUCAGCGUCGGCGCAGACCGCUCCGCAGGCGCGACGGCACUUUUAACUACAGCCCGGACGUGUACUGCUCCAAGUACGACGAGGCCAGCGGCUUGUGCCCCGACGGCGACGAAUGUCCGUACCUGCACCGGACGACCGGGGACACGGAGCGCAAGUAUCACCUGCGCUACUACAAGACGGGCACGUGCAUCCAUGAGACGGAUGCCCGGGGCCACUGCGUGAAGAAUGGGCUGCACUGCGCCUUCGCGCACGGCCCUCUGGACCUGCGGCCGCCCGUGUGUGACAUCAGGGAGCUGCAGGCCCAGGAAGCCCUGCAGAACGGCCAGCUCAGUGCUGGGGAUGGCGUCCCUGACCUGCAGCCUGGGGUCUUGGCCAGCCAGGCCCUGAUGGAGAAGAUCCUGGGCGAGGACCCCCGGUGGCAAGAUACCAACUUCGUGCUAGGCAACUACAAGACAGAGCAGUGCCCCAAGCCGCCGCGCCUGUGCCGCCAGGGCUACGCAUGCCCACACUUCCACAACAGCAGGGACCGGCGGCGGGAUCCGCGGAGGUUCCAGUACAGGUCCACCCCCUGCCCCAGCGUGAAGCACGGUGACGAGUGGGGCGAGCCCUCCAGGUGCGAGAGCGGGGACAGCUGUCAGUACUGCCACUCGCGCACAGAGCAGCAGUUCCACCCCGAGAUCUAUAAGUCUACGAAGUGCAACGACAUGCGACAGACUGGGCACUGCCCUCGGGGCCCCUUCUGUGCUUUUGCGCACGUGGAGAAGAGUCUUGGAAUGGCCAGCGACUGGGGCUGCCGAGACCUCACCUCCACCAGUGGCCCCGUGGCCCCCAGUGGGCAGCCUGGACACGCAAAGCGGAGAGAUUCACCUGCUGAAGGCAGCCAGAAGGCCAGCGAGCAGGACAGUAAGCAGAGCCACCUGGCGGUGUUGGCGGUGGGUCACCCCCUCGCUCCCAGCGUGAGUUCCAGCCUCGCAUCCAGCCUGGCAUCCAGCACUGGCUCAGGCGGCUCCUCGCCCACCGCUCUGCCCACUGUCUCGGCUCGUGCCCACCCUCUUGACCCCACUGGCAGUGCCGUCGAGGCGGUCCCAGGAUCCUCUUUAGACCUUCACCUCGGCGACAUCAGCCUCGUGCCCCCAGAUAAGGACCUGGAGGAGCACGACAGCCGUGACCUUGGACCCACAGGUCAGCGGUCGCUGGGGGGCUCGGCGCCUGUGGCCAUCCCAGGCUGCCUGCCCCGCUCCCCGUCCCUGCAGUCCUCGUCGUCCCUGUCCGCCUCCCCACUCGGCUCCUUCUCCCAGUCCCUGUCGGGGCCACUCGUCUCCUCAGCCAUGACGCCCCCCCAGCAGCCGCCAGCCCUCAAGUCGGAGCCCCGAGCACUGGGCCCCCCAGCCCCGUCCUACAACUCCUUCGGCUUGAAUGGCGUCCCCGGCAGCAUCUGGGACUUUGUCUCUGGCAGCUUCUCUCCUAGCCCGUCCCCCAUCCUGAAUGCUGGCCCCACGGCCCCUUCAGGCGCGAGUCCAAACAGUGCCGAGCUGGCCCGGGUCAGGCGGCAGCUGGAUGAGGCCAAGAGGAAGAUCCGGCAGUGGGAGGAAUCCUGGCAACAGGUGAAGCAGGCCUGUGACGCGUGGCAGCGGGAGGCCAAGGAGGCCAAGGAGCGGGCGCUCGCGGCCGACAGCGCCCGGCAGCUGGCGCUGCAGAAGAAGGAGGAGGUGGAGGCCCAGUUCCGACGGCUGCAGGAGGAGCUGGAGGGCCGGGGCUUGGCCUCCGUGCUACCCGGGCUGCGUGGCUGUGGUGACAUUGGCGCCAUCCCCCUGCCGAAGCUGCAUUCGCUGCAGAGUCAGCUGCGCCUCGAUUUGGAAGCAGUGGAUGGGGGAACUCAUUUCCUGAACACGUGCACAUUAACUGGAGCGUCAGUGACAGCGCCCCACGCCUGCGGCCUCCCGCUCAAGUGCCUGCGCCUAGGAAAGCCAAGGAGCUGCGUGCUGUCCUUUCUCCCCUGGACUUGGUCAGCGCGGUGACAGUGAGCAGGGCAGUGGGGUGGGGGACCCGACGGGGCGGGCGUCACAUUGACUGUGCAGAGCCUUGUGGUGCUCCCCCUUCCCAGAGCUUGCUGGUGGGCGUCCUGAGUGGAGCCUCUCUCCACCCAUGUGGGAGACCCUAGCCAGCCUCCAGGGCAACACUGCACUGGAUCUGUUUGUCUAGGUGUUAUGUUCGAGGAACCCUGGGGUUGGGGAGGACCCGACCGCCAUGUGGGGACGGGGUGGCAGAAAGGCUGUUGGGAAUGGGUCAGAUUUUAGUGCCGGCUUCAGUCCUUUCUGUCUGCAUUGGGUCACUUUCCCUAGGAAUCUGGGAGGAAGCAAAACCUGUCUGUAGUUGACCCAGACUUUGCUCGUGGCAGAUCCAGAUUGGCAUGAGAAUCUUCCCAGAGUCUGCCGCCAGGCGCGGAGCAGGGGCUGGACCCUGGCCCGGAAGGGACGGGAUGCCCCCUGCUUGGGGCUGUGCCAAAGACUUUAUAUAGCAUUUUUUAAGUGCAAGGUGACUAGGUAAAAAUUUUUAUCAGUGACCAAAUUAGAAUGUAUUUACUAUAGUGAGAAGUUUAAGACCUUUUUUUUUUUUAACAUAAGACAAACAUAGGAAAGCUGUCAUUUUUUUAAG